AAAAAUCCCACAACUGAACCCUCUACGAGGGUGUCGGCUAGGCAACAGACCUCCAGUUUUCUGUGCUCUUCACAGAAAGGGUCUGGCUGAGUCCAUUCUGUCACGAAUCUGUGUUAGCAUCCACUCCCCACACACCAUGGUGCGGCAUAGUGUAGUGCAGGAUGGACAUGGUUGGCGGGUCCCCCCAAAGGUCAGGGUGUUAGGCGAUCCGUGCCCAUUGGCUUGUCGUGCAGUCGUGGGGGUGGUAGGUUUCCUACAAACGACUGUAUCCACACGGAGCCUCAGCGAUAACUGUCCGCCUCGCUGAGUACUUCAGGACUUGCCGUGUUAGCGGGGGCUAUGACACGGUGGACCUCUUCACCCCUACACUCGUGGGAAUUUCUAUGUCAAAUCAAAAUACAAAAAAAAAAAUUAAAAUCAAAAAGGAAGCAAAACAGAAGGAAGUUGCGGAUCCACUUAAGCAGGAUCUUUGCAAAAAGCAACGAAAGCGUUACAAUCGCUACAUAAGGGAGGGCAUGCAACGGGAAGAAGCAAAAAAGCGGGCCAUAGAUCCCAAUGCUUAUGAACUGGCAGCGCGUAAAGUGAAGAAAAAGGUUCCUCCUCCUGCUGCAAGUGGCGGCGGCAAAAGGAAAGCUCCAGUCGCAGCGAAAGCCGUUGCCCCUAAGCGUGCCAAAAUUACACCAGAGGCAGAGGGAUCCAUUGACAUGGCCAUCCUGGCCACUACUUACCCGCUAAGAAUCCUUCGCAGGAGCGAGGCGAAGAAAGUGGAGGCAGCGCUGAUCGAGGAGAUGCUGAAAGGCUGCCCACACAGCAUCAACUUCGAUGGCGUCCACUUCAAGGAUGGCCUGAUCAUUGUGAAGUGCCGCGAUAACCGAUCCAAGGAGUGGAUGGAGCUCACCGUACCGAAGGUCCAUGUGCUCAGCAAUGUGCUGUUGAGCAGUUGCCCGGUCGCUGAUUUGCCCAGCAUGAAGAUUGUCAAGCUACACCUGCCGCGCACCGAAGGACAGAACGCAAUGCGUUUGCUGCGCGAGCAGAACAAGGACCUGGACUCUGAUGCGUGGGAGCUGCUGAGCAAUCGCCCCACCAGAGAAGGGGGACACGUGGUGACCCUGGGGCUGAAGCCGCGGGCGCUCGAACUGCUGCAGCAGAACGGCCUGAAAGUGAGCUACCGCUUUGAGCAGCUGCCAUGUCGACUUUGUGAGGAUCAUGCAGCCCAGGAGGAUGAUGAGGUGGAGAAUGCCAUGUGGUAUGUGGAUAUACCGGAUGUACAUAGUCAUAGAGCAGAGGAUCAGCUUAUUCUAUGAUGUAUAAUGUAUAUUUUGUAUAUUUAAAUUUAAUUGGAGUUUUGAAUCUUGUUUAAAUUAACUAAGCUUAAACACACUUAAAUAAACGCGGGAGCGCAAAUUUAAUUUAUUUUAA